AUGACACUGGAAACUAAAGAUUGCGACCGACAACUACAAACAAUACCGCUAAAUAUUUGCACCAAUUUGAAGCAAGAACUGGAAACAAUUGACCAAUCCUAUUUAUCACAUACUGGAUUCACAUCUAAGUCAGAAGAAAACUAUGCAAUGGAAAGUUCUCAAUCAGUCUCGGUACCAUCAACAUCAACGCAUCCCGAUUCAGUAUGGCAACGUAAGGUGCAUGCUUAUGUAGCAUCAUCGUGUCAGGAAAUAUUGAAUGAUGAUGACUUUAAUCAGAAUUUGAAACGAGCUCUGGAGGCAAUUCAAGCUGGCAUACAACCAAUACGAAUUGCAGCUGGGAGUUCCGGAUCAUAUUUUGUACGUGAUAUCAAUUAUCAGAAAAUAGCAGUAUUCAAACCGAAAGAUGAGGAACCAUUUGCACCGCAAAACCCUAAAUGGCCAAAAUAUUUUCAACGUAUGCUUUGCUUUUGUUGUUUUGGAAGAGCCUGUCUUAUACCGAACAAUGGUUACAUGUCAGAAACUGCUGCUUCUCUUGUUGAUGAAAAAUUACAGCUCCAUAUAGUGCCAAAAACACGAGUUGUGAAACUUGCUUCACCGGCUUUUUACUACAAAGAUGGAUCAGGCGUAAAAAGCAAAGGACCGAAAGGAAAAGAUGGCAGUUAUCAGCUAUUCCUGAAUGGAUAUGUAAGUGCCUCCGAUAUUAUACCGCGGUGGAACAAAGGCAGUGGUUUUUGUCCAUUAACAGCAACGGAAGUGGAACGGUUCAAGUAUCUGUUCCAGAAACUGUGCGUACUCGAUUACGUUAUUCGCAAUACAGAUCGCCAUAUGGAGAACUGGCUCAUCAAGUAUGAACCAGGGAAAGUAUUGGAACUUGCUGCUAUCGAUAAUGGUUUGGCAUUUCCAGUGAAACAUCCUGAAACGUCCAGUCGUUUACGACAAUUUCCUUUUGCCUGGGCACAGUUGUCGUGGGCUAAUUAUCCGUGGAAUGAAGAAUUACGGAUAUUUCUACUCCAGUUGUUAACACCACAAUUUGUGCAAAGCUUAUGCGACGAUAUUGCCACUUUAUUCAAGUAUGACCGUGAUGUGAAUCGCUUUUUAAAGUAUAGCCAGUUGCGGGUACUCAGAGGCCAGAUUUGGAACUUACGAUUAGCUUUAAUGAUGAAGGAGUCACCAGCAAAAAUGGUGAAACGGCCGCUAGUUCUUGUUUCGCGACGUUAUCGUCGCUACCCACCUGAUGAUGACUGGAAUCGGGCAUUUCGAGUAAAACCAGCUGAUUUUGGUAAUCGAGGAUGUUGUUAA